CCGAGCUUUCUAUAGGGUCUAUUUAUAGAAUAACCCUACCCCCUCUCUCUUCAUUUGGGUGAGUAGCUGUACAAGAGGGCAAGAAACGGAUACGAUAUUAGUUUGUAUAUUUUUUCGCAACCUCUAGAGCCAAUAUAGAUAUACUAUAUCAUACUGGGAAAAGUAAAGAAGUUGUGGUUUCCGAUUUUAGUGUUUUUGUCAUAUAAAACAAACAGAAUGUUUCUUAAUACUCCAACACCUGUUCAAAAAAUUUGUGCAGAACAACCUGCUCAUUCCAUGGUCCUGAACACAGAAAAAUUUAAGCAUCUGGGAGAAGAGGAAGUUGCUAAAGGAAAAUGGCUUAAGUUGUCAAAGUAUAUGUACCAAGACCAAACUGGUGCAAAACGAGAAUGGGAAGUGGUUGGAAGGUGUACAAAGAAUUCAGAAAAACCAGAUUGUGUUAGCACUAUUGCCCUACUUCAUCGUCUUCUUAAAUACGACUGUAUGAUACUUGUAAAACAGUAUAGACCUCCUCUGAAAGCUUUUACUUUAGAAUUGCCUGCAGGUCUGAUAGAUUUAGAAGAAAAAGUGGAGGAUACAGCUCUGAGAGAACUAAAAGAAGAAACAGGAUACACUUCAGCUGUAGUGAAGCACGUGAGCUCAGUUACAGCCUUAGAUCCAGGACUUUCCAGUUGCACCAUGAAGAUUGUGACAGUGGGUGUUGAUGGAGACAGUAAAGAAAACCAGCAUGCUAUGCAAAACCUGACCUCUGAUGAGUUUAUUGAAGUUCUUCAUGUUCCUGUGGAUCAGCUAUUGAAGAGACUUAAUGAUUAUAGUGAACAGGGACUGAUCAUUGAUUCUCGUGUCUACUCUUUUGCAAUUGGAUUAGCAAUGGGUAAAAAGAUGGCUCAUGCAGGUGACAUACCCCAUCUGCAAGGCCAAGAAACGUUUACUCUAAAGGAGGCUAUCCUUGAUGGUUGAGUUAGUCCUUCUUUACCAUGGUCUAAAGAAUACUUUUAUGUUGUGGUGGGAAAGUAACUGUAGAAGCAGACAGUAAACAUUCUCAAGUAUUUUGAUAAUGUUUAUUUUUCAAGCAAGAAUCACAUCAACAAGUGCAAGGACUAUAUGGGUCUAUUCAGAACUUCACAUGACUAAAAAGCAGAAUAAAUAUAAUUCUUAGAAAAGAGUGUUUAUACCAAGCAAUUAAAUUUUCUUAUCCAGCAUAAGUUCAAAUUUUAAAGGCCAAGGUGAUAGUGUUUGUAAUAUUAAUGUUUAUCUAAAGGUUUUAUGUCAUAAUUAGUACAGAUUGUUGUGAUGAAAGACGUUCAUAUAAACAAUUAAGUGAAAACACUUAACACACAGCUUCUUGAUAUUAUUUUUAUAUUUACCAGUUAGAACAAAUUUUGUUAGUUUUGUAAGUUGUUACAGAGUAGUUUUGUUGAAUAUUUUUUAGACUCAAGGUUAAUGAUAUGGAUUAAUAACAUCUGUCUAUUAGCUCAUUUGAUUCAACAGCAAGUUGUUUCGUAUUAAUCUAGCCCCUGAAGGUAAAUACAACAAAGUUUCAAAAUUAUUUUUUACGAAUAUAGUAGCAAAAGAAAAGGCUUAGAAAGUGCCUCUUGGAGUAAUCAAAAGAAAAGAAGUGUUUUGAUAUUAACUACUGUUUAAAUAUGAUAAUGAAAAACACUUGAAAUCAGCUUUAUAGAUAUAGAGUUCAAUACUUUUCAUACAAAUUGAGCAUGCAUACUAUAAAGGAACUUUGUAAAAUGAUUUUUUCAAAACUCUUAUUCACUAAACACGCAUUUGAUUUUAAGCUAUUAAAAAUAAUAUAUUUUUUCUAUAAGAACUGACAUGUAUAAGUUGUGUUAUUGGAAAUACUUGGUACAGUUGUACAUCAUAAUUAUAUUACUUUAUAUUACUUUACAUUAGAGUUUAGGAAUCUUUAUACAAGUGUUGAUUAAUCUAGCCUUUUUAGUAGUUAUCCAUGGUUGAUUUAGCAUAUUUCAUAUUCCAUUUAAACCGAGUUAUUUCAAUAUGAAAUAAAAUCCAGUCAGUUAAUAGAUGUAGGAUGGAUACUCCUAAAACUCUAAAACUAGUAUUCAAGAGAUGACACACAGUCAUCAGACUGAUUCGUGAGAACUAUUACUUUGUAUGUGUGUCGAGUUCAAUAAGGAAACUUGUCAUGGUGUUUUCAUUUUCCCAAAAUUGUUGUGAACAAUAAACUUAUUGAGUGUUGAAUUUUGACAGAAGUUAUAUUGUUUAAUAUGCAGACAUGUCUGUGGCUUUGUCUUGUUUUUGUAGUUAUUCUCCCACCCAACAUAGAGGUAUACUAAUAAGUUGUUUUAUAUUGAUCUUGUGUUAAUACAAUUACAUGAUGUUUGCUGUUUGGAAAUAAUAAUGGUUUUAUAUAAUUAUACAUACUUUUUUGAAUUAUGAUAACUGACAUUUUUGGGUUGUAAAAUUUGCAAAUUUCAGUGAUGUUGUUUGGUUGGAAGCUUGAUGUAUCAUUAUAGUAUAGCAUUGCUAUCACAUACUUAGAGAAAGCACAGGUUUUUGAUGUAGUUGGAAAAGUCAAUUAUUAGGAAAGACCUUUAAUUAUUAAAUUAUAUUUGAAAAAUUAGUUCAUAACUGUAAGAAGAAUUGAGUUUUGCAUACAAAUUUUUUUCUUUUUUUGAAUACCAAAAACAGCAAAACAUAAGAUUAAACCUGUGUAUGAAAAGACAUACUUUAAAAUUAUACAUUCAUUUUUGUGCUGUUCAACAGUUUUUGGUGGGAAAGAAAAGAUUCAGUCUUUUUAUUUGACUCAGUUUUGUUAGUUUGUUGAAUUUCACCCAAUUUCAGUAAUUCAGAGCUGUACCUAAGUAGAGGCAUUCAUAAAAUUGAUUUAAAGUGGCGUGUGGCAAGUGGCAUUCAUGUGGUGAGGAAAAGACACUAAAAACACUUCACUGACAUGUAUAGUUGAGCAAUUUAUGCAGGAUGGUAAUGUUGUUUUUUUUUUACAUUCCAUGCAUUUAUCAUUACAAAAACUAAUUAAAUUAUUAAAAUACAUUUUUAUAGCCUGAAGAAAUGGGAAAAAUGUAUUUUUUUUUAGUUAGGACACCCCACCUAAGAACAUCCUCCAUCAUGACCCUGGUAUCUGAACAGCUUUUCAUCCUUAAUUUCAGACACUAGAUGCCAACAAAACUGAGAGUCACUUGUAAGCCAGAAUUUAUCAGAAUGGGAUUCCGUGGGGACAGUUUUCUGUAUUCCAUUUUAUUAUUUUUAUUUUUUGUACUCCAAAUUAGAACACAAAAAAAAAGGAAUAUGAUUUGAGAGAAAAUAUACAUAAUGCUAAUUAUGGCUCUAAGAUUCCAUGUAUCAUGUAAACGUGUGAUCAGCAUUUACUACCCUGAUAUAUUUUUUCCAUUAACUUGUGUGCCUAAAGCUUGAGUUUAUCUAAGUAUUUAGUGUUUACAGGUAAUUAUAAGAUUUGAAAACAGGUAUGUCGUUUGAUGGAAAGAUACAAAUGUUGUAGUGUAUGAUUUUUAAGUUUUCUUUAACUUUUUUAUCAUUCUUUGUACUUGCCAAUUAUGAAUAAACCUAUUUUUAUAAUAGA